AUGCGGGGAGGGGCCGGCACUACUGGGAAUGUUGUUCAAAUUGUGGGGAAAAUUGUUCCAACGGUUGGGGGAGUUGUUCCGACUAUAGGGAAAGUUGUUCCAACGACGGGGGAUGUUGUUCAAAUGACGGGGACGGUUGUUCCAGUGAUGGGGGAAGUGUGAUGUUGAUC